AUGUUGUUUUUGACGCCAUUCAAAUCCUCCAAACCAAAUUUCACAUUCCGAUUUUUUAUGCAAACAUGGCUUUUAUUAGCACCGUUGGCCACCGUUAACGGGCAAGGGGGCGAGAAAAAAUUCCCUAGCCCGGGAGCCGAACGUCAAGAGUUACCAGUUGGAUAUGGGCCUCAUAUGAUUGCUAGCAAUCGUGCGUGGAUCAUAGAUGAGGCUGGAUUGGCUCUCGCAGCACUUCAUCAGAAACAGGCUGAGGCCGGGCUGUAUGACAUAAAUGAAGAAGAUGUUGGGUGGACCAACCCAGGUGAACUUGUCAUUGUACCGGUGCAAAAAUGGCUCCGUUUCGAAAGGGACUUAGGUACCGACGAUCCCAAUGAACAAUACAACCACCCGUUGUUCAACCUCCUCGCUCUGGGCAAAAGGGUAACGCAAAUGCAGUCUAAUAUAUACCGGCUAUUCUUCAUUAUCCAGCGAGCGAUUCCCGCAAUGGGUAUCAAAGAGCCUCGCGAGCUUUAUGAAGUGUUCGACUUAAUGUAUUCCCUAUUCACGGCGCAAAUUCGGAAUCGAUUCCUUGGAAAUCCCAAGCUUUUGAAAAGGGCUCGGGAUGUCCUAAAACCAGAUAGUCCUGUUGUGGCAGCAGCACUGGCAGUGGUGGGUCAACAGACUCGAGCAAUUUUCGAGAACAUGAUGACGGGAGCCAUAAAGACUAUGGCUGCUCAGGGUGCAGCGCAACUAUACCUAGAGUUUCCAGGAGUACUAGACCCGGGAGGGAUUCUUGACUCAAAUCUCGUAAAUAUAUCUAAAGCGGGUGGCUUCGAGGACAUCACUACUAAAGAUGAAAAAGUCGUCCUUUUCAAUCUUUUCGAUAUCGGCGCGGGGAGCGUUGAGGAUGACGAUAUUUACAUCAAUGAUGGUAAAUUUUUGCUGACGUGGGAAAUAAUAUAUUACGCCUUUAUCAAGGUAAACGGGCUCAUGAGGGCCCUUGGUAUGCUGUUAUCACCUCGCCUAAACUUCUACAGCAAAACCUAUGGUGAACUACCCAAACCCGCUAGAAGUCUAAAUAUCAAAAAGCCUGGAUAUAUCGACCGCCGGUUGCUCGGAACUGGAGGUUACAUUGGCGAGAAGUACGGCAAAAACCUUAUCGACUUCGAGCCUAAUGACCCUCGAUGGGAACUCUGGAUGAAAACUUCCGACAAAAAGUACUUCAGUGGUAUUUUAACGCAUUUGUUAACAGAGAUGGUAGCAGAGGCACAGGUUGCAUUACCGGCCAUGCUGGAUUGUAUUGCGGAUAUAGCGGUACAAAUUCAUGCAAGUGGCUUACCAGCUUCUUCAAAGCUUGGGCCGGUACCUGAUUUCGCUAUCCCGACUUUUUUGCUUGGGACUACUGAGCGGAUGAGUGUAGAUUUAAGUUUUUUUAAGAACUACCCGGAGUUUUACGCUAGGACGAGUAUGUAUCAAGUUGGACGACUUGCAGAAGAAGAUCCGGCAGCUUAG